CAGGUCGGCAUUUGCAGGAGUAUCAUGUCCUGCUCACCUCUCAUCUCCUCCUCCUCCAGGGCUGGAGGCAGCAGCUCGCUCAGGUCAUCUUCUGGUGGGAGCAGCUUCAGCAGUGGAAGCAAAUGUGGUCUGGGGGGCGGCUCUGCUGGGGGCUUCCAAGGAGGAGCCGGCAGCGGUGGCCUGAGUGGGGGGCCUCGCGGUGGUUUUGGAGGCAGCUUUGGAGGGUGCUUUGGUAGCUGCUCGGUAGGAGGCAGCUUUGGAGGAGCCUCAGGUUCUGGGGUUGGCUUUGGUGGGGUCUCUGGAUUCGGCCGGGGUUCUGGAUUCGACAGUGGUGCCAGUGGAGGCUUCUACAGCUACGGCGGCGGGGUAGGAGGUGGUGUUGGCCAUGGGGGGCUUCUCUCUGGAAGUGAAAAGCAAACCAUGCAGAACCUCAAUGACCGCCUGGCCAAUUACCUGGACAAGGUCCGAGCCCUGGAGGAGGCCAACACUGAUCUGGAGAACAAAAUCAAGGAGUGGUAUGACAGAUUCGGGCCUGGGUCGAGAGAAGGAUCUGGAAGUGAUUACAGCAAAUACUAUUCAGUAAUUGAAGAUCUCAGGAACCAGAUCAUUGCUGCCACUAUUGAAAAUGCUGGGAUCGUUCUGCAGAUUGACAAUGCCAGGCUGGCUUCUGAUGACUUCAGACUGAAGUAUGAGAACGAACUGUGUCUCCGGCAGAGCGUGGAGGCCGACAUCAAUGGCCUGCGGAAGGUGCUGGAUGACCUGACCAUGGCGUGCUCUGACCUGGAUAUGCAGAUUCAGAGUCUCACUGAGGAGGUGGCCUUCCUGAAGAAGAACCAUGAGGAGGAAAUGCAGAGUAUACAGAGAAGUUCUGGAGGGGGUGUGACUGUAGAAAUGAAUGCUGCCCCAGGAACUGACCUGACAAAAUUACUGAAUGACCUGAGAGUGCAGUACGAGGAACUGGCAGAGCAGAACCGCCGUGAGGCAGAGGAGCAGUUCAACAAGCAGAGUGCAUCGCUACAAGCACAGAUCUCUACCGAUGCGGGGGCCGCCAGUUCUGCCAAGAAUGAGAUCACAAAACUGAAACGUACUCUGCAAGCCCUGGAAAUCGAGCUUCAGUCCCAGCUGGCCAUGAAAAGCUCCCUGGAAGGGACCCUGGCUGACACAGAAGCCGGCUACGUGGCUCAGCUGUGUGAAAUUCAGACGCAGAUCAGCACCCUGGAGGAGCAGAUCUGCCAGGUCCGGGCCGAGACCGGAUGCCAGAAUGCAGAGUAUGAGCAACUGCUGGACAUCAAGACACGCCUGGAGAUGGAAAUCGAGACCUACCGCUACCUGCUCGAUGGAGAGGGGAGUGGUUCUGGUUUUGGAGGGUUUGAUUUUAGAAACUCAGGGUCCAGGAACACAGGAUCCAGGGAUCUGGGAUCUGGUGACUCAAGAUCUGGAAGCAGUUCUGGCCAAGGAAGAGAUCCAAGCAAGACUAGAGUAACUAAGACCAUUGUGGAAGAGGUGGUGGAUGGCAAGGUUGUCUCAUCUCAAGUCAGCAGUAUUUCUGAGGUGAAAGUUAAGUAGCCAGUUUCCAGAUCAACAAGAGUCUCUCUCAAGGAAAAAGAAUGGAGUACCCAAGUGAAGAAAUGCCAUUAUCCUAGGCAUCUUUCUGGAUAACUUCAGGGCAAAGCUUCCAUGCAGAAAUAGUUGACUAGCCAAUUGUCCGGCAUUCUCUUCUUUUCUUAUUAGAAGUCUCUUAAAAAAGUUGAAAAGGCACUUUGCUCUAAUUGUUCCUAUGCUUCAAUAAAUUUACUUUUGCAA